CAGUCAUCAGUCGACCAUUUUGGGUGGAAGUGUUAGCGAGAGGACGAGAGCGACGACAGUUGUCAUCAGCUAGUGUAGUUUGCAGCUUCUGUUCAGAUCUCUAGAGAUUCAAUCGCGAGCGGAACCGCCGAAUCACUUGGCAUACGAUGAAUUCUAGAUACAUUGCUCUGAUAGCCGCUCGAAUUGCGGAAAAGAAGACUUAAAUAACAAAGAAUAAAUUGCCCCAGACUCUUUAUAUUUUUUGCACACUCUUAUAAUGUGAAGGCCUUUUCUGACACCAGCUGCUGGCUUUAACACGUUGUCGAAGUGCUUAUUCUCACCCCUUAUACAUUCCAUUUUACAUGUGGGAGUUUAAUCAUGGCUGACCUUGAGUAUGGGUUCCGAUGUCUUUGUGUGGUUCUCUGUGUCGGAUUAUCCUCGUGUUUUACCAAUUCUUUGGAUGUCGAUUUCAGACCGAAGACAACAAAAGUCGUAUCUUUGCAUAUCAAGUCUAGCAUUCUGUACCGAUUCUCAUCUACCAGUGUCACCAGCACUAUAAUUAACGAUGACGUCAGAGCAACGGAAACCACGUUUGAGGUCACUCUUCCAGACGCAGCUUUUAUCUCCAAUUUCACGCUGGAAAUCGAUGGAAAUAUUUAUCCAGGAGAAAUUAAAGAAAAAGACAUCGCUAGAAAUACUUAUGAAAACGCGAGGUGGACAGGGCAGUCGGCGGGACACAUAGAAACGAGACCAAGAGACACAAAUAAGUUCAAGAUAUCUAUAAAUAUCGCGGCCUUCAGUGAAGUGACCUUCGUUCUGACCUAUAAUGAACUGCUUCAGCGAAGACGAGGGAACUACGACCACACGAUCUACGUGAACCCCGGACAAAUAGUGGACAGUCUUCUGAUCGAGGUCAUGAUACAAGAGUCACGUGCCAUUACACAACUUCACGUGCCGCCGCUCAGGAAUGACAUACUUACCGAAAGACAGAACAUUAUUUCGAAUACCUAUGCAACAGUUCGGAGACCCUCCUUGACGUCUGCGUACAUCCGUUACAAUCCCUCACCCGAGGACCAGAAGAGGGCCUCGCUUAAAGGAAUGGCGGGAUUGUUUGUUGUUGAAUACGAUGUUGAGAGGACCACAAAUAUUGGAGAAAUUCUGGUAGUCAAUGGCUAUUUUGUUCACUAUUUUGCUCCACAAGGAAUACCGAGAAUGAAGCGGAAAAUUUUGUUCAUUUUGGACUCCAGUGGGUCUAUGAUAGGAACAAAAAUAAAUCAAGUAAAGACCGCCAUGUCUGAGAUCCUGUCUAACCUUGACAAAGGCGAUAAAUUUAACAUCAUCCAAUUUGCUGGUGACGUCACAAAAUGGUGGAACCACACUGCUCUGGUAGAGGUGAACCAGUUCAGUAUAAGUGCCGCCAGAAACUUCAUAAAUGACAUAAAAGCGGACGGAUGGACGAACAUCAAUGAUGCUCUUUCAAAGGGCCUGGAAUUGAUCCAGGGGGAUGAUGACAAGGGUUACGCUUCACUGGUUAUCUUCCUCACGGAUGGGGCUGCAACUGAAGGCGAAACAGACCAGUCUAAAAUAUUAGACAACAUAAGCAGUAUAAAUAAGAACAACGUUCCUAUAUUCAGUUUGUCAUUUGGCGAGGACGCAGAUUACGGGUUUCUGAAGAAGAUGUCGGCUCAGAACGACGGUUUUGUACGAAAGAUUUACGAAGCUUCGGAUGCGUCGCUCCAGCUGACAGGUUUCUAUGGUGAAAUCGCAUCCACUUUGCUGUCAAACUUGACCUUCCAGUACUUAGAUGACACUAUUGUAGGAAAAUCCAUCACAAACACAAUUUACCCCAGUUUCUUCGAGGGUUCUGAGAUUGUCAUCGCUGGACACAUAUCGGAGCUGAAUGUUUCAGCCAUGAAUUUAGAAGUUUGCGGUACAAGUUCUAAAGGACCGCUGGAAUGGCGAACAUCUACCGGAAACAAUAUAUAUGACCUGAUUCAAGAUGCUCCUAGUGAAUCAAUUGCCUCCAACUUCUCGGAUAUUACCGAAAAGAUUUGGGCCUACAUGUCGAUAAAACAGGUGUUGAUACGUAGACUACGAGAGAGAAAUAACACGGCAAGAAUGGAGCUAAAGAAAAAGGCCCUGGAUCUUGCAUUAAAGUAUAAAUUCGUUACCCCCCUGACGUCUAUGGUAGUUACACGACCACAGGAUGAAAAUGUCAUUCAACCCAGCGCUGACUAUGGGCUAAAUGAUAGCCCCCAUUCUGUGUGGGGAAGCGCUCUAACGGGGAGCAAAGGUUUAGCUUUAGCUGGAAAUUCCCCUACUUACGUUGAUAGUGAUCCUCAUUUCAUCGUACGAGUGAAAGGGCUGAAGGAUUCCGUUUGUUUUGACGUAAUGGGGAACUCGGGAGAUGUAUACAACUUGGUGAAAGAUGAGAUAUCAGGGAUUAUUGUAAAUGCUGAAGUUGCUGUAACGGGACAUGGCACAGAUAAGAAUUCAACCAUCACCAACCAUCAAAACGGAACUCAAAAAAGGGCAUCAGCGGUUAAAACCUACUUUGGAGAAAUAUCAAUUUCUGGAGACCGUUCCGUUAUAAAUGUAUCUCCAAGUCGUUGGAAAGUAAAUGGACACAUUUACAAAUGGCAGCCAGCACAGACCAUCACUGUUCACAAAACCAAGCUGGUCACAGACGGAACAGGGAAAAUGAUAGCUAUAAUGUUUCCUCACAAGAUCACUCUGUUGAUUGUUCGUCACAUGAGAACAAUGAAGCAGUUGAAUAUGGGGCAGAUUCAUUUCCUCGGUUUCUACAUUGUCGAUGACAGGGGAUUUUCUUGGUAUACCCAUGGAUUGCUAGGUCAAUUCAUCUACAGACGAAUAUCUUUAGAAAAGAAGAAAAGGUCGAAGAAUGGUAAAACAAGAGGCAAACUUAAAGUAGAGGGAAACACAAAGCGCAUGCGCCGAGUCUCAGCUUUACUGGGCAGAAGGGUAAAUUUAGCAACGAAUUCAUACGUGUCGUGUUGGAUGGUGCAGAAGAACGGUCGCCGGCUUAUUGACGGUGUGUUCACAGACUAUCUUGUCAGGAAUUCAACAGCUCCACAGCGAAAAAAGCGGAAACGAAGUAAAACAUAGGGAAACCUCCCAUUUAAAUCCAGGAAAUGAUCCUGUGGUCACGUGAUCCUAAUUAUAUCCAGGAAAUUAUCCUGUGGUCACGUGUCUAUUGAUAUGAAAUGAGAAAUCGGAAUAUUUUCAAAUUUGAUCCAAAUUCGCAAUAUUCUGUACAGAGUGAAAUAAUAGUAUUUUGAGUCAGUUUUCAUAAUACCAAAAUUGAAACAGCUUACUAGCUAUGAAUGGAAAAUAAUACAAAAUACAUUUACACGUGUACAUAGAUAUAGGGUUGAUAUUUUGUUAAGAGUUGAGAUAUAUGCAGAAUGUGAUAUACUGAAUCGCAUUGACUGGAUCAAUAGAACGAGGGAAACGCAAUGCAGCAAAUAUCAACUAUAUUCAUUUGUUGUAUACAAGUCAUUGAUUUGUUUUAUAAAUCAUAUUAAUGUAUGUCUAAUUCAAGGAUUGGGAACACCUGGGGUGGUCUCCAAUACGGCAACAUUGUACAACAUAUACGUAUUUAAUAUGAUAGAUUUUACCUGAUAAAUAAUCAUCCUGAUGCAACAGCAUGAGAUGAAGAUACGCAUUCAUUGACCAUUCUCGAUAACAAUUCAUCAACGUGUUGCAUUUUCAAGGCAGACUAUGCAUUAAUUACGAGAGUACGCUGUCAUUGAUUUCUGAAUUUGAUAUCCACAUAAACCUUGAUUUGGAAACCACCUGUAUUUUGAAAAAGAAUAUUUUCAUACAUAUCAUAAAUUAUUUGUUACUCUGCACACGUUCGUACAUAGCGGAAAUCGAUAUCAUAGCAUGCUCAUUAUGACAGUGAAAAAUGUAGAUAUUUGUUCAAUGCCCAGUCACAAAAGCUUGAGAAAUAUGCCUGAAUCAUUUAAUUAUGUCUUUAUUCUUUACAUGUUCGUUACAUAUGACUGUAAAGGAAACAUUUGACAAAUUGCUUUAAUCGAUGGCUCCGAUUCAUCGGUAGUACAAGACUUUUAUCAACCUGUUCAAUUAGUUUUUGCAAUUUAUGAUGUAAAAAUGUCUUCUAAGUUGGAUGUGUCAUAUAUCUGUGCAGCGAAUAUCAACUAGAUUAAAAUGAUUCACAUUUGAUGUAAACAUUUUCUACAUGAGAAUUUACUGAAUAACGGUUCAUAAAAAUCACCUCAUUAUGCACGUCUUUGGAAUUUAAUGAAUAUCUGGAAAUAAACUUUCAUCAUGUCAUCCUUUA